AGGAGCUCUUCGGGAAGAGCGUGUGGGAGGUGGUCUCGAAGAAGAACAAGCUGCGGGUGACAGGCUGCCUGAGGUGGAAGGGUGACGGCUACGAGACGCUGGGCCUCGCGAUCUACAGGCUGCAGCAGCACGUCCUGCAGGUGGUGUACCUGGGCGUCGCCGCGCCCCAGCGCGGGCAGGGCGUGGGACGUUCCCUCGUGCGUGCGGUCCGGGAGGUGGCCAAGGCGGACCAGCUCUGCCUGUCGAUCGCGGUGCUGCUACCCACACCGGCGGCCGAGGCCCCCCGCGGCGGGGACGCCGCCGCGGCCGCCGAGGGCUCGUCGCUGCCCUUCUGGCGAGCGGUGGGCUUCCGGCGCUGCGAGCCGAAGGGGCUCCUCGCGGGGCAGGUCUGCCUCAAGAUCGAGGUGCGCAAGUUCGGCAAGCGCCAGCGACGCCAGACGGAGAAGAGCGCCCAGCCCGCGGCGGGCCACUCGGCCGGCGGCCACGAGCUCCUGUCGUGGCGGGAGGUGCUCGCCACGGCGCCCAAGGCCGCCGCCGCCACGGCCGAGCCCGCCCCUCUCCUGCGCCUGCCGCCCCCGGCGCCGCGGGCCCCGCCGCCCUACGAGGCUGCGGCGGCGGCGCAUAGCGCCGGGCCCGUGG